AUGCCAACACCUCAACAAGUCACCCCACAUGCUGUCAUCAUUCCCCCAACCCACCCUCCUCCCCCCAAUGCAGGUGAAGUUGUGGCAAGUCAUCGCACAGCCGCCCUCCGUUGCUUCUCCCACUCCCUCCACUACAUCGCCUCCCUCCACUACAUCGCCUCCCUCCACUACAUCGCCUCCCUCCACUACAUCGCCUCCCUCCACUACAUCGCCUCCCUCCACUACAUCGCCUCCCUCCACUACAUCGCCUCCCUCCACUACAUCGCCUCCCUCCACUACAUCGCCUCCCUCCACUACAUCGCCUCCCUCCACUACAUCGCCUCCCUCCACUACAUCGCCUCCCUCCACUACAUCGCCUCCCUCCACUACAUCGCCUCCCUCCACUACAUCGCCUCCCUCCACUACAUCGCCUCCCUCCACUACAUCGCCUCCCUCCACUACAUCGCCUCCCUCCACUACAUCGCCUCCCUCCACUACAUCGCCUCCCUCCACUACAUCGCCUCCCUCCACUACAUCGCCUCCCUCCACUACAUCGCCUCCCUCCACUACAUCGCCUCCCUCCACUACAUCGCCUCCCUCCACUACAUCGCCUCCCUCCACUACAUCGCCUCCCUCCACUACAUCGCCUCCCUCCACUACAUCGCCUCCCUCCACUACAUCGCCUCCCUCCACUACAUCGCCUCCCUCCACUACAUCGCCUCCCUCCACUACAUCGCCUCCCUCCACUACAUCGCCUCCCUCCACUACAUCGCCUCCCUCCACUACAUCGCCUCCCUCCACUACAUCGCCUCCCUCCACUACAUCGCCUCCCUCCACUACAAUCGCCUCCCUCCACUACAUCGCCUCCCUCCACUACAUCGCCUCCCUCCACUACAAUCGCCUCCCUCCACUACAUCGCCUCCCUCCACUACAUCGCCUCCCUCCACUACAUCGCCUCCCUCCACUACAUCGCCUCCCUCCACUACAUCGCCUCCCUCCACUACAUCGCCUCCCUCCACUACAUCGCCUCCCUCCACUACAAUCGCCUCCCUCCACUACAUCGCCUCCCUCCACUACAUCGCCUCCCUCCACUACAUCGCCUCCCUCCACUACAUCGCCUCCCUCCACUACAUCGCCUCCCUCCACUACAUCGCCUCCCUCCACUACAUCGCCUCCCUCCACUACAUCGCCUCCCUCCACUACAUCGCCUCCCUCCACUACAUCGCCUCCCUCCACUACAUCGCCUCCCUCCACUACAUCGCCUCCCUCCACUACAUCGCCCCUCCUCCACUACAUCGCCUCCCUCCACUACAUCGCCUCCCUCCACUACAUCGCCUCCCUCCACUACAUCGCCUCCCUCCACUACAUCGCCUCCCUCAUACAUCGCCUCCCUCCACUCAUCGCCUCCCUCCACUACAUCGCCUCCCUCCACUACAUCGCCUCCCUCCACUACAUCGCCUCCCUCCACUACAUCGCCCUCCCUCCACUACAUCGCCUCCCUCCACACUACCUCGCCCCCUCCCUCCACUACAUCGCCUCCCUCCACUACAUCGCCUCCCUCCACUACAUCGCCUCCCUCCACUACAUCGCCUCCCUCCACUACAUCGCCUCCCUCCACACAUCGCCUCCCUCCACUACAUCGCCUCCCUCCACUACAUCGCCUCCCUCCACUACAUCGCCCCUCCACUCCACUACAUCGCCUCCCUCCACUACAUCGCCUCCCUCCACUACAUCGCCUCCCUCCACUACAUCGCCUCCCUCCACUACAUCGCCUCCCUCCACUACAUCGCCUCCCUCCACUACAUCGCCUCCCUCCACUACCAUCGCCUCCCUCCACUACAUCGCCUCCCUCCACUACAUCGCCUCCCUCCACUACAUCGCCUCCCUCCACUACAUCGCCUCCCUCCACUACAUCGCCUCCCUCCACUACAUCGCCUCCCUCCACUACAUCGCUCCUCCCUCCACUACAUCGCCUCCCUCCACUACAUCGCCUCCCUCCACUACAUCGCCUCCCUCCACUACAUCGCCUCCCUCCACUACAUCGCCUCCCUCCACUACAUCGCCUCCCUCCACUACAUCGCCUCCCUCCACUACAUCGCCUCCCUCCCUCCCAUCACUACAUCGCCUCCCUCCACUACAUCGCCUCCCUCCACUACAUCGCCCUCCCUCCACUACAUCGCCUCCCUCACUACAUCGCCUCCCUCCACUACAACAUCGCCUCCCUCCACUACAUCGCCUCCUCCCUCCACUACAUCGCCUCCCUCCACUACAUCGCCUCCCUCCACUACAUCGCCUCCCUCCACUACAUCGCCUCCCUCCACUACAUCGCCUCCCUCCACUACAUCGCCUCCCUCCAACAUCGCCUCCCUCCACUACAUCGCCUCCCUCCACUACAUCGCCUCCCUCCACUACAUCGCCUCCCUCCACUACAUCGCCUCCCUCCACUACAUCGCCUCCCUCCACACAUCGCCUCCCUCCACUACAUCGCCUCCCUCCACUACAGCCUCCCUCCACUACAUCGCCUCCUCCACUACAUCGCCUCCCUCCACUACAUCGCCUCCCUCCACUACAUCGCCUCCCUCCACUACAUCGCCUCCCUCCACUACAUCGCCUCCCUCCACUACAUCGCCUCCCUCCACUUACAUCGCCUCCCCUCCACUACAUCGCCUCCCUCCACAACAUCGCCUCCCUCCACUACAUCGCCUCCCUCCACUACAUCGCCUCCCUCCACUACAUCGCCUCCCCCUCCACUACAUCGCCUCCCUCCACUACAUCGCCUCCCUCCACUACAUCGCCUCCCUCCACUACAUCGCCUCCCUCCACUACAUCGCCCCUCCACUACAUCGCCUCCCUCCACUACAUCGCCUCCCUCCACUACAUCGCCUCCCUCCACUACAUCGCCUCCCUCCACUACAUCGCCUCCCUCCACUACAUCGCCUCCCUCCACUACAUCGCCUCCCUCCACUACAUCGCCUCCCUCCACUACAUCGCCUCCCUCCACACAUCGCCUCCCUCCACUACAUCGCCUCCCCUCCACUACAUCGCCUCCCUCCACUACAUCGCCUCCCUCCACUACAUCGCCUCCCUCCACUACAUCGCCUCCCUCCACUACAUCGCCUCCCUCCACUACAUCGCCUCCCUCCACUACAUCGCCUCCCUCCUCUACAUCGCCUCCCUCCACUACAUCCGCCUCCCUCACUACAUCGCCUCCCUCCAACAUCGCCUCCCUCCACUACAUCGCCUCCCUCCACUACAUCGCCUCCCUCACUACAUCGCCUCCCUCCACUACAUCGCCUCCCUCCACUACAUCGCCUCCCUCCACUACAUCGCCUCCCUCCACUAAAUCGCCUCCCUCCACUACAUCGCCUCCCUCCACUACAUCGCCUCCCUCCACUACAUCGCCUCCCUCCACUACAUCGCCUCCCUCCACUACAUCGCCUCCCUCCACUACAUCGCCUCCCUCCACUACAUCGCCUCCCUCCACAAUCGCCUCCCUCCACUACAUCGCCUCCCUCCACUACAUCGCCUUCCUCUCCACUACAUCGCCUCCCUCCACUACAUCGCCUCCCUCCACUACAUCGCCUCCCUCCACUACAUCGCCUCCCUCCACUACAUCGCCUCCCUCCACUACAUCGCCUCCCUCCACUACAUCGCCUCCCUCCACUACAUCGCCUCCCUCCACUACAUCGCCUCCCUCCACUACAUCGCCUCCCUCCACUACAUCGCCCCUCCCUCCACUACAUCGCCUCCCUCCACUACAUCGCCUCCCUCCACUACAUCGCCUCCCUCCCUCCACUACCAAUCGCCUCCCUCCACUACAUCGCCUCCCUCCACUACAUCGCCUCCCUCCACUACAUCGCCUCCCUCCACUACAUCGCCUCCCUCCUCUACAUCGCCUCCCUCCACUACAUCGCCUCCCUCCACUACAUCGCCUCCCUCCACUACAUCGCCUCCCUCCACUACAUCGCCUCCCUCCACUACAUCGCCUCCCUCCACUACAUCGCCUCCCUCCACUACAUCGCCUCCCUCCACUACAUCGCCUCCCUCCACUACAUCGCCUCCCUCCACUACAUCGCCUCCCUCCACUACAUCGCCUCCCUCCACUACAUCGCCUCCCUCCACUACAUCGCCUCCCUCCACUACAUCGCCUCCCUCCACUACAUCGCCUCCCUCCACUACAUCGCCUCCCUCCACUACAUCGCCUCCCUCCACUACAUCGCCUCCCUCCACUACAUCGCCUCCCUCCACUACAUCGCCUCCCUCCACUACAUCGCCUCCCUCCACUACAUCGCCUCCCUCCACUACAUCGCCUCCCUCCACUACAUCGCCUCCCUCCACUACAUCGCCUCCCUCCACUACAUCGCCUCCCUCCACUACAUCGCCUCCCUCCACUACAUCGCCUCCCUCCACUACAUCGCCUCCCUCCACUACAUCGCCUCCCUCCACUACAUCGCCUCCCUCCACUACAUCGCCUCCCUCCACUACAUCGCCUCCCUCCACUACAUCGCCUCCCUCCACUACAUCGCCUCCCUCCACUACAUCGCCUCCCUCCACUACAUCGCCUCCCUCCACUACAUCGCCUCCCUCCACUACAUCGCCUCCCUCCACUACAUCGCCUCCCUCCACUACAUCGCCUCCCUCCACUACAUCGCCUCCCUCCACUACAUCGCCUCCCUCCACUACAUCGCCUCCCUCCACUACAUCGCCUCCCUCCACUACAUCGCCUCCCUCCACUACAUCGCCUCCCUCCACUACAUCGCCUCCCUCCACUACAUCGCCUCCCUCCACUACAUCGCCUCCCUCCACUACAUCGCCUCCCUCCACUACAUCGCCUCCCUCCACUACAUCGCCUCCCUCCACUACAUCGCCUCCCUCCACUACAUCGCCUCCCUCCACUACAUCGCCUCCCUCCACUACAUCGCCUCCCUCCACUACAUCGCCUCCCUCCACUACAUCGCCUCCCUCCACUACAUCGCCUCCCUCCACUACAUCGCCUCCCUCCACUACAUCGCCUCCCUCCACACACACACUCCUCGCAACCCUCCCCACCUUCCCCCACCCAGUCACUGCAGUGGCCUGGUCUCCUUACCUCCCACCCCUCACUCCUUGCCCUCAUUCACCACCCUCCACAAUUUCCCCACCUGCUGA